UAAUUAAAAGCAACAUAAUAAUAAACAAAUAAGAAAUUUUUAGAAAUCUACAUAUGUAUAAUUUUAACGCAAAAUAAAUAUAAUUUUAGAUUUAUAAAUCGCAGAAUUGCUUUUGAAACUUUUUGAACUGUGGAGAAAAUACAAGAUUUAGAUUACUUCGGUAUGUCAAAUCAACCUGUCGUAUAUGAAGUUAUAGAAAUUGACGAGGAAAUCAAUGAAGAUAAAAAUUCUUCAAUAUUAGAAGAAUACCAGCAGUUAAAAAAUUUCAGCGCAAAAUAUUCAAAGCACGUAGAAGUAUAUUCAGAUUCUGUUAAUCAAAAUUCUUUGCAAUACGUAUGUACAGAGUGCAAUUUUAACAUACCAUUUUUCGAAAAAAUAUUGGACCAUUUUCAAGAUAGAUGUGAAAAUUAUAUAAAAAAUGUUUGCACUCCUUGGUACAGUGAAACAAAAUGUGGUGAUAUUUAUGUUGAAAACCGAUGGAAAAUGAAAUACAAAUGCGCUCUGUGUAAUAAAAUUUUGUUUGAUACUAUGAUUUUCGUCCAUUUAUCUCAACAUUUAAACGAUUUUAAAAAGGAUAUUAAAAUUAAUCCUGAAAUUGUAAAAACUGCGGUAGUUGUAAAAGAUAAAAAGAUUUUUAAAAGGAAAGUAGUAAAUGUGUAUUUACACGAAAAUUCAAAAAAAAAAUUUUUAUAUUGUUGUACGUCAUGCGAUUACAAAAGCUUCAGUUUUCUGUCAAUACAUAGUCAUUUGCAAUCUAACGCGGAAACUUGUGGGAAUGCUUCUUAUGAGGUCAUACUGGAAGAAAAUCAAGUUGACCAACUGAGGAAGAAAGUUUGUGAGAUUUUUGUAAAUUUAGAAAAAAUGAUAACGUACGUGUGUCAAUACUGUUUUGAAAUUUAUGCAGGAAUGCAAUUGAUGAUUGAUCAUUUAGCAAUACACAUAAACAAAGCAAUUUUAAAUCAGACUUCUAAUACCGAAGAUAUCGGAUUAAAAAUUGUUAAAGCACAAUCUUUAGUAUCAAUAUCCAGGAAAAAAAAAUUUUCAGAUAAAAAAUGGGUUUUUAGGUGUCUCAUAUGUGAAAGAGAAUUUAAACUAAAUGCCUCCUUACAAGUUCAUUUACAAACGAGACAUUCAAUUAAAAUAAAUUCAAAUCCAAAUAAGGAGGUUUUAGUACUGAUGACAGAAAGCCCGAGCGGAAAUGAGGCAGUGGUUUCGCAAAACAAAAACAAAAAUUUUAACAACAUAUGUACCGAGAUAACAAAAAAUGUAAAUGAAAGAACUUCAUAUGAAAAUUCACAUACUAGUGAGGAUUCAAGUCCAAGAAAAUUAUUAGAUUUUUGUAGAAGACCAUUACCAAAUAUUAUAAUUAAAACUUCUCCUAACAAUAAACCACUGAUUGAUAAUUCUGUGAUUUCUUGUAAUCCAGAUGAAGACCCCAAUCUAUAUAUAGCAGAUUCAGAUAUACAACAAAAUGUGGAUGAAGUUUCAGUAAGCGAAAAUGAUGAUAUAAUAAAAGCUGAAGCUAAUGAUGAUUCAAGUCCUACUAAGUUAUUACAAUUUUGUAUAGAUUCAAAUCUUUUACUAAGAACUUCACCUGCUGAUUAGCUGUGAGCAAAUUAAUAUUAAUAGUAUUAAUAUAUAAAUAAUUUAUUGUUUUAAAUAUUAUAUAAUAUUAUAGAACUUUGUUUAAUUUUUUUUACCUAUCUAAUUAAAAGCAUUUUAUUAUGUACAAUCAAUGUCUGUAAAGUAAAAAAAUUCAAAUUUAUCUGCAUUGAUUUUUAAUGUUUAUUUAAAAGAACAAUUGCAUAGCUCGUAAUCUUUUUUUAAAAAAGUAAAAGUUCUUAAUAAAGUUUAAUUAAGUAAUGUUAAGAGUUGGGUUCUAAAUUUAAUUGAAUUGUGUACAUAAAAUCCUAUAAAUUAAUUGAAA